UUCCUUUCCAGAUUCAACAUCAAACCAUGACUUCACAACAACUCAAAGGCACGAUCCUAGCAACCGGUGCAGCAGGAGGCAUCGGUACAGGUUGGCUACACGAACAUCUCCAAAGCGAACAUGCGAGGUCGCAUCUUACCAUCUACGUCACGCAUCCGUCGUUCCCGGGCCAGCUCAGAGAAAUUUUGGACAAAGAGGGGGAUGGCUGUAGAUUUGAAAUUGUGGAGAUAGAUCUUUCAAUUCUGGAAAACGUGAAGAUUUUCACAAGAGUUCUCAGUGGUAGGGUGGAGAGCAAUGAUAUUCCGAGGAUCAGGUUGCUGAUUUUGAUUGCGGGCGUUAUGUUUUUGGAUCCAACGACGAAGGAUGGGAUUGGCUUCACAACCGAGGGAUUCGAAAAGACUUGGGCGUUGAAUUAUGCAGCUAAUGUCUGUUUGAUUUUGGGAUUGUUACCUGUUAUGAGCGAGAAGGGAAGGAUAGUCUGGUUAGCAAGCAGCAGUCACGAUCCGAGUUUUCGAACCAGUAGGCCGCUCUAUACGCCAGGUACGGUAAGUCUUUUCAAGGCUGGGGAUGGAGAAGUCGAGAGAUUCGCGAAAGCGACAGAUAAAAUCGAGGAGGGAGACGAGGUCCAUGGCGCGGUGAGGAGAUACGCCGCCAGUAAACUCUCUAUGACGAUGUUUAUGUAUGCUCUGCAGCGACGCCUCUCCUCGUCGUCUUCUUUCAACCAAAUCAAGAUCUUGGCCAAUUCACCGGGUACCGUGGGAGGCACCUCCAUAACGUCUUCGAUGCCGUGGUAUGUUCGCAUGGUGAUGCAGUACCUUCUUGUUCCGCUGCAAGCAUUGUUUGUAUUGAUCUGGGGAAAUGGAAACCUAAGGACAGCGAAGGUUGCGGGAGGUGAUUUACAGUGGUGUUGUUGGAGUACGGAGUUGAAGGGUGGAGACUAUGUUGAUGGGAGGGAAGUGAUUACAAGCAGUCCGGAGAGUUUGAAUAUUAAGAAGCAAAAGUGUCUUUGGGUUGGGACACGCAAGUUGCUUGGGUUGAAGGAGGAGAUGACAGCGUUAGGGGAUGGCAUUCAAGGGGGCUUUUGAGAUACCAUGAAAAACGUGAAAGAAGCGGAGACCGAAGAAAAUCAAAGGCUUCAAACUGCCUAAGAGUUUAUCCCAAGAUCUUAAACCACAAAAGCUUGAACUGAAG